GAUAAUAACGACCCCAUGGCUGAAGAAACGACGAGAGAAUAAUUGUCGUUUGUUGUCAUUUAUGUUUUCUUCCAGUUUCAGUCGAAAGAUGUCGUUGUUCCAUCAUUCUUUCCUUUUCGAUCCAUUUUCCUGAGAAACUAACAGUCCUGUUCAGACAUUCGAUUUUCCCACUCAGCCAAUCUUCUUCUCGAACUCUCCAAGUUUCAAUCCAAAAUUUCUCACUCGCAAGCGAAGAAAAACCGUUUCGAGCUCAAUUUUCCCGAGAACCAAACGCACAUCUAUCAACUGAUGAUCAAGGUGACAGAAGCAAGUUUCCGAGCGCUCAAUUUAACGAAGUAUCCAUGCCUUGAGAAUUCACGAAAAACCCUACCUUCAUCACUUUCUGUCGGGAAAAAUGGACAAAGAAACCGAAAUCCUCUCGCGCCUAGCCGCGAACCACCUGUUCCUCGCCCAAUUCGAACCUCUCAGGGCGAUAAUCCACGCUCUACGAGCCAAGGACCCCGAGCUUGCCCUCGCCGUGCUCCAGACGAUCGUCGCUCGCUCCGGCCGGUUCGAGAACGUUCUGUGGUCUUCCUCGUGUCCGUCGCCGUCUCUUCUCACGUACUUGGCGACUCUCGAGCUUCUACAAUUCGACAACGCCUCGUCGGUUUGGAGCUUCGAUCGCGAGACGCUGCGAUUGCGAGCCGAGUUUUUGUUACUGGUUCAGCACCUGAUCGAUCGGGUUUCGGAGACUAUGAGGAAGAAUUUCGAUUUGGAGAGCAUCGGUAAAGAGAGAGAAAGCGAGAGCUUCGAGGAGAGAGGAGAGUUAUUGGAUAAGAGUGAGGAUAAAAGCGACGAUUUGAGAGCUGCGAGCGGCGAAUGGGACGGAGCCGUCAGAGUUUUGGACAGAAUUUUGGAGUUGGGAGUGAAGAGGUUGAAGGCUGAUGUAGUUGUACACGAUGGUGAUGACGAUAAUCAUACUCCGAAUCAGGCCAUUGCAAUCGAGGAAGCCGAAUUCGUGUGCUUGAGGAAGGUAAUUUGGGAGUAUUCGGAUGUUUUUGAUGCAUUGUGUUUGAAUAUACAGAAGCAAUUGAGAGGCUGGGAAGGCUAUGACUCUUCUGGUUUAGCAAUAAUGCCGCGGAGGGACGGGAAUGCGGUUGUGGAGACGUCUGGGGAAGAAGAAGAGGAUGUGAAGAUUCUUGGUUUGAUACAAAGGAGUGUCCAAUUAGCUCAUUUAGACGCCAUUAGAGAUUGUGUUAAAGAGGGUAAUGUGAAUGAAGCUGUUUCGCACAUUCGCUUUCUUAAUCUUGAUUACGGAGUUGAGGAGUCCGAGUAUCGCAUUAUAUUACUGGAUCUCCUGAAGGUUGUUUCUCUGGGAAGGGAGGGAUAUGGGGACUCCUGGCAUGCCAAGAGAGAAAAGUUGCUGAUGAUUUAUGGUGCAGCUCUUGCAUCAAAGUGCAGACGUCUCAGUCAGAUGUUACAGGUUCUUCAGGAUGAGUUGCUUCGGGAAGAGAUAGAGUCACAUAGAUCUCUUGACAACAACCAGAUUCCACCACCUCUUGAAUGUUUCCAGAGAUAUGUUGUAGAGUUGGAACUUGAUUCAGAUUUUGACAGAACCUCGUCCCUAACCAAUGCAGUCAGUUCUUGUACGAGAGACAUGUACCAUUAUGCUCGUGUGUCUGGAAAACAUGUUUUUGAAUGUGUCAUGGAUACUGCCCUGUCUGCUGUAAGGAGGGAGCAACUUCAAGAAGCUAGCAAUAUUCUUUCACUGUUUCCCCGACUUCAGCCUCUGGUAGCUGCCAUGGGUUGGGAUUCGUUAUCUGGAAAGACUGCCGCACGAAGGAAAUUAAUGCAACUUCUUUGGACGAGUAAGUCACAAGUACUUCGGCUGGAAGAGUCUUCUCUUUAUGUUAGCCAAUCGGAUGAGAUAUCUUGCGUGGAACAUCUCUGUGAUUCUUUGUGUUAUCAGCUUGAUCUUGCCUCCUUUGUUGCCUGUGUCAAUUCUGGUCGAUUAUGGAAUUCAAAGUUUUCAUUAAUAUUAUCUGGAAAAGAACAAGUAUCAUUUGGAAGUGAAGAUGCUCAAUUAGACCCUUUUGUUGAAAACUUUGUGUUGGAAAGACUUUCGGUUCAAAGUCCUCUUCGGGUUUUGUUUGAUGUCGUGCCUAGCAUCGAAUUCCAGGAUGCUAUUAAAUUGAUCAGCAUGCAGCCAAUUGCUUCUGACAUAGCAGCCUGGAAGAGGAUGCAGGAUAUUGAACUUAUGCACAUGCGUUAUGCUCUGGAAUCAGCAGUUCUUGCACUUCGAGCAAUGGAAAGGAGCAUGGAUAGUGAAAUAGAAAGUCGUCAUCCGGAGCCCUUUUGUUUUUUGAAAGAUCUGCAGAGCCACUUGGAGGCUAUCACUAAUAUUCCACGCAAGAUAAUGGUGGUGAAUGUUGCAAUCUCACUCUUGCAUAUGGAUGGUCUUUCUCUUAAUUCGGCGCAUUGCAUUUCUUCUCGGAGCUCUACUGAGUCAACACGUACUUGUGUAUGGGAACAUACUGAUCUCCCAUCUGAAGGGGGAAACAAAUUGGUUAUAUCUUUCGUGGGACUGCUACUUGAUAUAUUGCAUCGUAAUAAUGUUCCUUCAACUAUAAGUGAACUACAGCAUGCUCAGAGUGAUGGUUUAACGUCAACUGGAAGACAAGCAUUAGAGUGGAGAAUAUCACUGGCUAACCAUUUCAUUGAGGAGUGGCGAUGGCGAUUGUCAAUUUUGCAGCGUCUUCUUCCAUUAGCUGAGCGCCAGUGGAGAUGGAAGGAGGCAUUGACCGUACUACGUGCGGCCCCAUCUAAACUACUUAACCUUUGCAUGCAAAGAGCGAAGUAUGACAUUGGAGAGGAGGCAGUCCAUCGAUUUUCACUAUCUGCAGAGGACAAAGCCACCCUGGAGUUAGCUGAGUGGGUGGAUAAUGCUGUCAGAAGAGCAUCUGUGGAAGAUGUGGUGUCUCGUGCUGCUGAUGGGACUUCUACAUUGCAAGAUUUAGAUUUCUCUUCAUUGCGCUCCCAGUUAGGUCCUUUGGCUGCUAUUCUUCUUUGUAUUGAUAUUGCUGCAACUUCAGCACGGUCGGCAAAGAUAUCUCAGAAGCUUCUCAAUCAGGCUCAAGUUAUGCUAUCUGAGAUAUAUCCAGGUGUCUCCCCAAAGAAAGGCUCCACAUACUGGGAUGAGAUCCUUGAAGUAGGAGUUAUUUCUGUUUCACGAAGGGUCCUAAAGCGUUUAAAUGAGUUCUUGGAUAAGGAUAACCCUCUGGCCCUUCAAGAUAUUUUGACUGGAGAACUUUUCAUUUCUUCGCCAAAAGAGUCCCAACGACAGGGGCAAAGGGAACGUGCUCUUGCGAUGCUACAUCAGAUGAUUGAAGAUGCUCACAAUGAAAAACGACAGUUUCUUAGUGGUAAGCUCCACAAUCUUGCAAGAGCUAUAGCUGAUGAAGAAACAGAACCAAAUCUUCUUAAAGGGGAAGGUCCAUCUACUGAUCAGAAGGCAGUUUCUGAGUUUGACAAGGAUGGGGUUCUUGGGCUAGGAUUAAGAGUUAUCAAACAGAAAGCUUUACCUUCAGCUACUGGAGAUAUUAGUGAGCAACCUGUGGAUUAUGAUGUAAAGGAGACUGGGAAGAGAUUGUUUGGUCCAAUAAGUAACAAACCCACAACCUAUCUUUCACAAUUCAUUCUGCAUAUUGCUGCAAUUGGAGACAUAGUUGAUGGAACUGAUACAACUCACGACUUCAACUUUUUCUCACUUGUGUACGAAUGGCCCAAGGAUCUUUUAACUCGUCUUGUCUUUGAUCGAGGGAGUACUGAUGCUGCUAGCAAGGUGGCUGAUAUUAUGUGUGCUGAUUUUGUCCAUGAAGUUAUUUCAGCAUGUGUACCUUCAGUUUAUCCUCCACGGUCCGGUCAUGGAUGGGCAUGCAUUCCAGUUCUUCCCUCCUGCAAUAAGAAUGGUUCAGAAAAUACAGUACUGUCUCCCUCUUCUAAAGGUGCAAAGCCUAAUUGUUAUAGCAGAUCACUGUUGCCCGGCAUCCCUCUAUACCCUCUACAGUUGGAUAUCGUAAAACACUUGGUUAAAAUUUCCCCAGUUAGGGCUGUUUUAGCAUGUGUUUUUGGGAGUAGCAUUUUAUACAGUGGGAAUACCUCUUUUGUGUCGAGCUCUCUGCAUGGUGAAUUGUUUCAGGCGCCUGAUACAAACCAUUUGUUUUAUGAGUUUGCUCUGGAUCAAUCCGAGAGGUUCCCGACUUUAAACCGAUGGAUACAAAUGCAGACUAACCUACAUCGAGUUUCAGAGUUUGCAGUAACAGCCAAGCAAACUGCUGAUGGGGACGAGGUUAAAGCUGAAGCUAGAGAUGCUAUUAAGAGACUCCGUGAGCAUGAAAGUGAUACCGAGUCUGAGGUUGAUGAAAAUGUUAGUGGCAGCAAUAUCUCAACAAAUUUGCCAGUUGUCAACGGCCAAGAUGGCACAGCUCCUGAGACAUCCUGGAAUGAUUCCCCAAAACCUGAUGUUGCUGAACUUGAUAAUUCAGUUUUCCUUUCUUUUGAUUGGGAGAAUGAAGAACCCUAUGAGAAAGCAAUAGAACGAUUGAUUGAUGAAGGGAAACUAAUGGAUGCUCUUGCGCUCUCUGACCGGUUUCUACGCAAUGGAGCCUCUGAUCAAUUGCUGCAGCUACUUAUUGAACGCGGGGAAGAAGACCAAUCAAUAUCUGGACAAUCUCAAAGUUAUGGAGGCCAUAGCAUUUGGAGCAAUAGCUGGAAGUACUGCCUGCGUUUGAAGGACAAAUGGCUGGCAGCUAGACUUGCCCUCAAGUAUAUGCAUAGAUGGGAACUUGAUGCUGCGUUGGAUGUUCUUACAAUGUGCAGCUGCCACCUACCUCAAAACGAUCCAAUUAGGAAUGAGGUUGUGCACAUGAAACAAGCUUUGCAGAGGUACAACCACAUACGGAGUGCAGACAAUCAUUAUAGUAGCUGGCAAGAGGUUGAAGCUGAGUGUAAAGAAGAUCCUGAGGGUUUGGCACUUAGAUUAGCUGAAAAAGGAGCUGUUUCAGCUGCCUUAGAUGUGGCUGAAAGUGCAGGACUAUCAAUAGAUUUGCGGAGAGAACUGCAGGGCCGGCAACUUGUUAAACUUUUGACUGCAGAUCCUCUCAGUGGUGGAGGUCCAGCAGAAGCUUCACGCUUUCUUUCUUCAUUACGUGAUUCAGAUGAUGCUCUGCCAGUUGCCAUGGGUGCUAUGCAGCUGUUGCCUAAUUUGCGGUCAAAGCAACUUCUUGUUCACUUCUUCCUGAAGCGAAGGGAAGGAAAUCUCUCUGACGUUGAGGUUUCUAGGCUGAACUCAUGGGCCUUAGGUCUUCGUGUGCUGGCUGCCUUGCCAUUGCCUUGGCAGCAAAGAUGUUCUUCCUUGCAUGAAUAUCCUCACUUGAUAUUGGAGGUUUUGCUGAUGAGGAAACAACUGCAAUCUGCUCCACUGAUUCUUAAAGAAUUUCCUUCACUGAGAGACAAUAGUGUAAUUAUUUCCUAUGCGGCUAAAGCAAUUGCUGUUAAUAUUAGUUCUCCCCCAAGAGAACACCGAGUAUCUAUUUCAGGAACAAGACCAAAGCAGAAAACAAGAACAGGUGCACCUGUGAGAUCUUCCUUUUCUAGCAGUCUAAGCAACUUGCAAAAGGAGGCUCGUAGAGCAUUCUCUUGGGGUCCACGAAAUACUGGAGACAAGCCGGCCCCAAAAGAUGUCUAUAGGAAAAGAAAGAGUUCUGGAUUGACCCCCUCUGAACGAGUUGCUUGGGAAGCAAUGGCUGGCAUUCAAGAGGAACAUGUUUCGACAAGUUCUAUUGAUGGACAGGAGCGGCUUCCCAAUAUGUUGAUUGCUGAAGAGUGGAUGCUGACUGGUGAUCCAAUCAAGGAUGAUUCGGUCCGUGCAUCUCACCGAUAUGAAAGUGCUCCUGACAUUACUCUCUUCAAGGCUCUGCUUUCUCUGUGUUCUGAUGAGAACGUAUCUGCCAAGAAUGCAAUGGACUUGUGUGUUAAUCAGAUGAAGAAUGUGUUAAACUCUCGACAAUUGCCUGAGAAUGCGUCAAUGGAAGUAAUUGGUCGUGCAUAUUAUGCCACUGAAACAUUUGUACAGGGUCUUCUUUACGCUAAAUCCUUGCUGAGAAAGGUUGUUGGAGUUAGUGAUUUGUCGAGUAAUUCAGAGAGAAGUAGAGAUGCUGAUGAUGCAUCUUCGGAUGCUGGUAGUUCUAGCAUGGGUAGUCAGUCCACAGAUGAGCUAUCAGAAAAUUUGUCACAGGCAGACAUCUGGCUAGGACGUGCUGAGCUACUUCAAAGUCUUCUAGGCUCAGGAAUUGCUGUGUCUCUAGAUGAUAUUGCUGAUAAAGAGUCAUCUGCCCGUCUCCGCGACAGGUUAAUCGUGGAUGAACGAUACAGUAUGGCUGUCUAUACUUGCAAAAAGUGCAAGAUUGAUGUUUUCCCUGUAUGGAAUGCGUGGGGCCAUGCUUUGAUUCAGAUGGAGCACUAUACACAAGCUCGUGUAAAGUUCAAACAAGCUCUUCAAUUGUAUAAGGGGGAUCCUGGACCUGUCAUUCUGGAGAUCAUAAAUACAAUUGAAGGAGGUCCUCCAGUGGAUGUUUCAGCUGUUCGUUCUAUGUACGAGCACUUGGCUAAAAGUGCUCCAACAAUCUUAGAUGAUUCUCUUUCUGCCGAUUCAUAUCUCAAUGUGUUGUACAUGCCAUCCACUUUUCCACGUUCUGAGAAAUCAAGGCGGUCUCAAGAAUCUGCCAAUAGUAAUUCCACAUACAGUUCAGAGUUUGAAGAUGGACCACGCAGCAAUUUAGACAGCAUUCGAUAUGUUGAGUGUGUAAACUAUUUGCAAGAAUAUGCACGACAACAUUUGCUCAGCUUUAUGUUUAGGCACGGACAAUAUAGCGAUGCUUGCCUGUUGUUCUUUCCCCCAAAUACUGUUCCUCCACCUCCUCAACCAUCUACAGUAGGGGUGGCAACCUCAUCUUCAUCACCUCAAAGACCAGAUCCUUUAGCAACUGAUUAUGGAACCAUUGAUGAUUUGUGUGAUCUGUGUGUUGGCUAUGGUGCGAUGCCUGUUCUAGAGGAAGUGAUAUCUGCAAGAAUGUGCUCUAUAGAACCUCAAGACGAAGCAGUGAACCAGUAUACUGCUGCUGCACUUGCCCGAAUUUGCAUCUAUUGUGAAACACAUAAGCAUUUCAAUUUUCUAUAUAAAUUUCAGGUUAUCAAGAAAGACCAUGUUGCUGCUGGACUUUGUUGCAUUCAAUUGUUUAUAAAUUCUGCUUUGCAAGAGGAAGCUAUUAAGCAUUUGGAACACGCCAAGAUGCACUUUGAUGAAGGAUUGUCAGCUCGUUAUAAAGGCGAGUCUACUAAGCUUGUUACAAAGGGUGUUAGAGGAAAAAGUGCCUCUGAGAAGCUCACUGAAGAAGGGCUCGUGAAGUUCUCUGCCCGGGUUUCAAUUCAGGUGGAAGUAGUGAAAUCCUUUAAUGAUUCUGAUGGACCACAGUGGCACUACUCGCUUUUUGGAAAUCCAAAUGACCCAGAAACGUUCAGGAGAAGGUGUAAAAUUGCAGAAACUCUCGUGGAAAAGAAUUUUGACUUGGCUUUCCAAGUCAUUUAUGAAUUCAACCUUCCUGCCGUCGAUAUAUAUGCUGGCGUAGCCGCAUCACUUGCUGAGAGAAAAAGAGGCAGCCAAUUGACAGAGUUCUUUAGAAACAUAAAAGGGACCAUUGAUGAUGACGAUUGGGAUCAGGUAUUGGGAGCUGCAAUAAACGUAUAUGCUAACAAACACAAAGAACGGCCUGAUCGUCUCAUAGACAUGUUGACUAGUAGCCAUAGGAAAGUUCUGGCGUGUGUGGUCUGUGGCCGUCUAAAAAGUGCAUUCCAAAUUGCUUCUCGCAGUGGAAGUGUAGCUGAUGUUCAAUACGUAGCUCAUCAGGCAUUACAUGCAAAUGCGCUCCCUGUACUUGAUAUGUGUAAACAAUGGUUGGCCCAAUACAUGUGAUUCAUCGCUCAACAAAGCUACGGCUACUGCAAAUUAAUCUUCUCAAAAUGUACAUAUUCCCGGUAAUUUUUUUCUCCGACUCGGAUGUUUGGGAGCCAUGGAUCUUAAUCAGAGCAUGGUACAAGCAUAUGUACCUAGUUAUGAAUAGAGCAGCUCUUCCACCGAGCUUGGAAAAGGAAGGCGAGUCAUCUUUUUGCUUUUGUUAGCACUGUUUCGGAUAUCUGGAAUUGUUUAAGCUACUUCGAAGGUGAACAUCUCGAGACUGAACAAUCCAUGCCGGCUUAACUCGGAGUUGGAGUCUGAAUUUCAGACUGUCAAGGUGCCAGAGUAACGUGUAAUGCGGAAACUGCAUGGAUGCAAGGAAUAACGGUACCAUAACGGAGUAUGAGUAACGUCUCAAUGAUUUGUUUUGUCCACAUUUAAACAAAAUUUUGUCAAUGAUCAAAAUUUUAAUGAAUACUACAUUGGGUUUCAGUGAGAA